GACCUCCGUGACCCACACAGCGAUUGACCCGUAACGCGCGACCUCACAACCUCCGCCUUCGCCUCGCCACCAAUUCUUGAAGAGCAGAAAGGUUGCACAGACGCUGAGUUUUCCCCUGCACUUCCAAGGCCACACAGAGUCCAAGAGAAGCCUUUACACCUGCUGGACAGGGAAGCCCCUCGUGUUGCUGCCUUCUCCUCUCGUUAAAUGAAUACUUAGGCUUCGCUCGAGCCUAAGAUCUCCCGCUCUCUUCCCCAGAGCAGAAAUGGCGCUCAUACGCAGACCAUGUUAUCUCGUGUGCGUCGCGCCCUUCGCCCUCGCCAUGGUCGCCUUCAUGGGGCUCUCUUCAGGAGGAAUCGAGGGCGGCGGCGCAGCGAGAAGAGGGCUACAGGACGCUGGCGGACGAUCCACUGGGCGAACCAUCUACGUGGUGACGGCGACCUACCCGCGCUCCAACCAGAUACCGGAGAUGACCCGGCUGGCCCAGACCUUGAUGCACGUGCCGGACGUGCACUGGAUCGUGCCCGAGGACACCCACGUGGAGAACGAGAGGCUCGUGCAGUACCUCCAUUCGACGGGCAUUCCGUUCACGUAUAUGAUAACGCCCAUGCCCAGUGCGUCCAGGCAUUGGUACAACAGGCCCACGGGCGUGUCCAACCGCCGCGCCGCCUUCGCCUGGAUCCGCAAGAACGCCGAGACGGGCGUCGUCUACAUCGCCGACGACGAUAAUAUUUACGACAUAAGGCUGUUCGAAGAGAUUCGCUCAACGAGAGGCGUGUCAAUAUUCCCCGUCGGUUUCUUGUUACACAUGCAGCUGUCGUCGCCUGUGCUGAAGGAUGGGCGGUUCGCAGGCUGGUACGACGGCUGGAAGGGCACCAGGAUGUACCCCGUUGACAUGGCAGGGCUUGCCGUCUCCGUGGAACUGCUGCUCAAACGCCCUCAAGCCACCAUACACUGGUCUUACGGCUACCAGGAAGAGAGCCUUCUCGCCAGUCUGGGAGUGGCGCCUGAGGACAUCGAGUUCAAGGCCGAGAACUGCACUAAGAUAUGGGCAUGGCAUACGAAAUCAGCGCUGCCCAAGCCCGCGGCCAGGGAUCUGUGUGACGCUCGCUUCGACGGCACUAAUCUGCGGUUCCUGGAGAGCCAGAUGGAGCUGCAAGGGAUGUCGUGUCGCCCAGAGAGAAAGGUGAAACUGAUGUCGCUGAAGCAGGAAGGAAGAACAGGCGCUGGUGAAGUCAGAGCAACAGGAGACGGCGGACGCGACGACGCCGCUCGAGGGUGGCGAGCCCACUAAAAAUUUGAGAAUAUAUUUUUGCAAUUAUUAAUAUUGUCAUUAUUCUUGUUAUCAAAAUAUUAUUGAUGUUGAGAUUCUCAUUAUUAUUUUUAUUGUUGGUAUACUUAUUAUCACUUUGUUA